AUUAUAAUACUUUUAUAAUUGGUAGAAAUAAAUAUUAAAAUAAAAAAUAUAUAAGACAACAAAAUUAGAAGAUUUGAGAAUAAAUCAAAGUUUGCGAAGAAACCUACGUAUCACACAAGUUAUCACUCUAGUGCCCCACAUAGGUAGCCAAGUAGGUACCGUAUUACUGUCAUACUGACAAUCGUAGAAGGAAAAGUAAGUACCUACUCAAUCGUAAAAAAGUUAAUGUCUAAUAGUGGUAAUUUAAACUAUUAAGUAGAUAUUUAUUUAAAUAUUGACGAAAAAUUCUAAAAGUUAACUGAUUGAAAUUCCGCCCCUGGAAAACAAUACAAGUCUAUUUUCUAAGUUUAAAAAUAUAAAUUUUGACUAGUUUUUUCAGUCCACAAAAAUAAUUGAAAGUCUGACUGACGCUCUCGCUAGACCUAAGCUAACCUUGGAAAAAAAUUGAGUAGGUAUAUGUCAUGGGAGUUUUUGUUCUGAAUGCAAAAUUCAAACCAAUAUGAUAAAGAAAUUAUUCAAAUUAUUUUCAUAGAUUUUUUGCCGUCUACAGAUAUAUCUGUGGUACUCUAGUAUAUUAACUAUUAAGGUCUAUAGUGAAACGACAGAAUAGAUAUAAUGAAACACUGAAACGUGUUUAGUGUUGAUCGCGCAAGUCUUCCCAACGGCCAACGAUUCGUUGAUUGCUGAAUACAAAACUGAUUACUGAUUAUUAGUCGUUUGUCAAGUGUCAGCAAUUCAGCAUUCAACAGUUGAAACUUGGAGUUUUUAAGUUAUAACAUUCUAAUAAGUUAAUAAUUAAUUAUCGGUUAGACCAUCCGUGAAAUUGUUAUUAUUUCUAUAUCAUCCAUUAUUCUGACUGAAUUGAGUGUUAAGUGCAUAUAUUUUUGGGAGGGAAACCAAUCGUGUUUCGACAUUUAACUUAGCAUUACUUUAAAAUAAAUUAUGCCACCCAAACGAACAGCGAUCGGUAGAUACACACGGCAAGCACGGAGGAAGAAGGCAUUAAGAGCAAAACUAGCUUUAGAAACGGACGAGCAAAGGGAAGCAAGACUGGAAGCCGUUCGGGUGCGUGUUACUCGAGCAAACGCGUCUGUAACAGACGAGGAACGGAGAGCAACACCGGAAACUGAUCAAGUACGCACUACUCAAGCAUGUUCGUCUGGAACUGAUGAUCAUCAGGAAACAACACUGGAUACCGUUCGCGAAUACACUGCUCAAGCCCGUUUGUCUAAUACUGACUACUGAGUAGUGAAGAGACACGGUCCGGAGGGAAGCAAACUCAAAACAAACGCGACACGCUGAUUUAAUGCUCGUAUGUCUGUUGUAGCCAGUGGCGCAACUAGGGGGGUGCAAAAAGGUCUUUAGCACCCCCAAGUUAAAAUUUAGCACCCCCUGUUUUUGAUAUCUAACUUUUAUUAUUUUAUUGAAAUACCAUGAAUGUUAUGUUUUUAAAUAUUAUGAUAAAUUUCCUGAAAAAAUAUUUAAUUAUUUGGUCGUAAGUCUUAUAAUAUAAUUCAUUCUAAUUCAUUCCAUACACGGAUAUUCCCAUAAUAAUAAAGCAAAUAAUAAAACUGGUUAAGAUCAAGUAUGCUUCAGCAAAGGUUUACCAAUUUAUCUUUGCUGAAUAUUGAAAAAGAUUUAUUAAAUCAGCUUAACACUGAAACUAUUUUAAAUAAAUAUUGUAUGAAACCUAGAAAAAUUAUGCUAAUUUAAAAUGUAUUAUAAAUAUAUAAGUUAUUUACUAACAAAAUUAUGAAAUUAUAAUGUAUCCUUAUGUUACUGAAAUUUUAGCAAAAAAAGUAUUAUAAAUUUAUUUUCUUUUAUUUAUGUGAAGUGUGUUAAUAUAUGUUUUAAAAUGUUGAAUUAUCGAGCAUUGCAGGCUCAUGUGUAGGGGGUGUGGGGGGCAAAGCCCCCCACGGCUCUGUGGUUCAUUCACAUAUUUAGCACCCCCUGUUUUAGAGGUCUAGUUGCGCCUAUGGUUGUAGCUAUUAUAGAGUCAAAACCUUCUCGGCCGAUAUUAGAGAUAAUUUCAGAUAUUGUUCUCACGAGACAUCAGGAAACUUUUGUUAAUAUACCAAGUGCUAAAUUAUCCAAUUCACCACAAAUGGAUUGCCCAACUCAUUGAAAUUAGUUCAAAAUAGUGAUGGUAAGAAAUAGCAAUAGCAUUGUUAAUAGUAUUGCCAUAUACUAAAGGGCUUUGCCCCGACCAUCCAUCUUCAACAGUAGGUAGUUAAUAUAUAAUAAUAUACCAAUACUAUAGUAACAUUUACCACCCCUUAUAGUCGGGUCGAUAGCCAUGGACGGUAAGAAGGGCAUAAGCCCUAUUUGACCUAAUUGUACCCCACCCUGGCGCCCUCACACAAAUAUUGAAUGCGUGUAUGCAGUAGUACGUUGUAGUAAAUAAAAUAUGAAUUUUAUUUCCCCCCCCCACCCACCCUAAAGUAUGGUUUACCCCAUUUUAAGAUCUGAUCUGGUUUCGGGUCUGAUUAUAAUAAAUAUUAUUUUACUUGUCAUAAAUUGAUAUAAAAAUAAAUGACAACAUAAAAGUAUAUUUAAAAAAUUAAAACAUUCCUUUCCUUGUUUUAAUGAAAACAAUUAAAAAGGGUGGUCUCAAAACUUAAGAAAAUUGAAGAGGAGCUCCAUGCCCCCUCAAUUUGAGCUCUGGCCACUAAUCUAAUUUUUACUUAAACACUAGGUACCUUUCAUUUUUCUGGUAAAUUAUUUAAUACUUAAAGAGAUUUAGUCUAGUUAUUGCUAAAAUUACUGUGCAAUGAAGUUCAGUGAAUAUUAGAAUAAACAUAUUAAUAGAUAGUUAAUAUUUCAUAGAAAAAAAAAUAUUGUUUUAAAUGGAAAAAUAUAUUUUAAUUCUUACUCAUACCGUUUUAUGGUAAUUGUGAUUAUUAUGUCAUCAUGUACGACUUAAUUUUAAUAUUAUGUACUCAUUUUUUGUUUGACACUGGAAGUUGGAAAUUAGUAAUCUCAUUAAAAUAAAGGAAACUAGAUUAUUUGGUAUUUAUUUUUUUUAAUCAACCUUUCAUUUUAACAAAAAAAACAAUGUAGCAAUUCUAGCAAUGGUUUGCGCGGACUUUAUUUUAACUACUAAUAUAACUAUGACAGCUAAACAAUUAUAAUAUACAAGAUAGAAUGAAAACAAAUAUAUUGAGUAAUCAAGCCACUUCCUAAAUAAAUGUAAUUUUAAUGGCAGAUUCAGUUAAUACAUUUGUAAUAUAUAAUCAACUGUGGAUUGUUGUGGAAUGUUAACAAGAAGUACUUUUGAACUAUUGAAUAUUUUCAUUAAAAUAAAUUUAUACAUCAAAUUCACCAACAACUAUUUGGUAUCGCACUAUUGACACUUACAGUGAUCAGGGCCUAACUUAAGGGUCUCAGGGCCUCAAGGCAGCUUUUAAAGAAAGGCCCUUUUAAAUAUAUAUUAAUAAAAACUGUUUUUAAUUUGUAUAUUUUCAACAUACUAAUAGAUAAAACAAAUAUUAUAACAAUAUUGCUCGCACCGAAAUAAAAAAUUUUAGUGUUUACGGUUAUACAUUUAUUUAAGGGUUUCGGCUAUAAAUAUAAUCGAAUAGAAAGAAACAAUCACUGAUAAACACCACGAAAUGUAUUUAUUUAUGUUUAUACACGGUUCCAUAUUACUAAAACACAAUAUAAUAAUAUUAAUUUCUAAAUUACUUCCUCUCAAUAAUAUUCUAUAUUAUACAUGAACUAUUUUCCGUGUUAAUCAAUUUAUGUAUGUGAUACCUUUUUUUUGUGUGUGUUUCCCUGAGGGCCUCAGGAAGACAAGGGCCCCUAGGCGGCUGCCUAGUUGGCCUAGGCGGAAGUUCGGCCCUGACAGUGAUUUAAUUUUAUUCCAAUGUAUGGUACAUAAAUUAUUAAUAAAUUACCAAAAAGUGUCUCAAUUAUCUACAUAUAUAUUACCUGUAUAGUAUACAAAUAUAUACACAUUUAAAACGUGAGACAAUUUCUUUGAACAGCUAUAUCUGAAGUUCACAAUGGAUUUGAAUGGUUUGAUUUUUAAACACAAGUGUUAUGAUAGAAGAUGAGCCUUUUAAUACGAAAUAUUCAU